AUGUUUGGCUGGGGUUCUGGGCUCACCGUGCCCACUGCCAGCUCAGAGCCAGAGAAGGAACGAACACCCCCGGCUCGCCCGACCCCCCUCGACUUCCCCGUCUACAACCUCCCCGAUGCCGUCUCCCACGAGUCAGACUCGACUCUUCGCGACCUGUGCGGCCUGCUGGCCUCCAUCAAGCGCCCGCAAGAUAUCUCUCUGGCACGAUUCAAGCCGUUAAACCUCCAACUGGACACGGAUGUUGAUGUGCAGCGCAUGUUCCCCGAAGACCAAGCGCGGUCCCUGCCCCCACUGCCCUGGGAAGAUGAGCCUCAGAACCAACCUGCCGACUCCGCAGAGGACCAACCGCGACCGGUGAUGAGCAACGGCCUCCCAUAUCCCACGAAAGACCGAUUUAAAACACUCGAGAGUGAGCUGUUGCUGGACAAUGAUGAUACAUUCCGUGAGGUCGCCCGAUUACCCCCGCGCGAGGGGCGGAGUCGGGCUCGGGUGACGCAGUCGAGGAAAUUCUGGGCGGGCCUCGAGCGUAUGGCCCAGUACUGGGAUACUAGCUUAGAUCACUACUAUGAGCGACCUGCGACGCCCCAACGGACGCCGCCCGCCGAGGGUGAACCGUCCAGCGAGGACAAAAUGGACACGGAGAACCUGUCUCCGACAAACACUGGGUUUGACUCGACAGCAAACGCGAUGGAGGUGGAUGAACCGCAGGCUCCUCCGACGUCCAACGGCAGUGCUGGCACUGAUCAUGCUCGCCCGGCGGUGCCCACGUACACGGGCCGUCGAAUGGGGGCUGGGAAUGAGAUGCCCGAUGACAUUCGGGAUGAAACGAUCCGGUCGUUCGUCGAGAUGGCGGCCUGGCCAUUCGGAUGCCAGGUUACUGUACCGACGCUUCCACCGCGAUUGACAGUCAAGAGCCUGCUCUUCCCUGUGCGUCAAUCUUUCCAGGCGUCACGGUCCCCGCGAGACCGCCAGAUCGCCCGGAGCGGGAUCUUAGAGGGACCCGUCCUUAUCGCGCAGUGCCGGUCUGAGCUCUUCUUCCGCAGCACUGAAGACGCCGCGGGUGCUGGAAUCGGGGAAGUUUGUGAUCUGUACCGUGAAGUUGGCGGCAUGCUACUGGCAGCACAGGAGCGUGCCCGUGAGGGAGCGGUGGAAAUGCGACCUGGAGAAGGCAAGUGGUGGACGAUGACCCCUCGGUUUGGUGGUGCACCCAACGAUGGGAUCCUGGACGACCUCAUCGGUCGGGGACACGGGAUGUCGCUCCCAGACUCAAUGCUGGAGGAAGAUAAGCCUAUGACGUUUUCGAUGCCUACCCCGGAGCCGGAGAGUGCCCGCAAACGCCACAAGUUCGAGCAUCCCUUUAUGACCUCGCUCUCUCGCCGGCCCAGUGCGAUGCGAAAGCUCUCCAGCAGCGAGAAAUGGAGAAUCUUGCAGCCCGGUCCCAGCUUGUGGGACAAGCGGAUGAAAUAUAUGCAGAUCGGCAAGGCCAAGGAGAGCCCCUUUGAUGAUAUCUACAUGAUCUCGUCGAUCAACCACCAUGUUUCUAUCCUGCACCUUCGCGUCCAUCGGCGCUACCUUGAUAUCCUCACCACAGGCGAAAGCACAUAUCCUGCCGACUCUGGCGCCUCAGAGCAAGCGUGGCAUGUGUUGAAACUCCAGCGCACGCGGUGGUAUGACCUGCUGGAUGCCAAAGACCGCAUAGAAGCCUUGAAGGGCGUGUGGCGGCUGUUCCACUAUCAGUCGAGGAAGACAUAA